UAAUUUCGCUCGCGGCGAGGUGACGUCAGAGCCGAGGCAGGACCGCAGGAGUGAUGGCCGCUGCUAUGAGGCUGGUAAACAAGAAGAUUUUCACACCAGGAAUGGGGCAGCACUACCUGGCGUUCACCACUGCUGCCCAAGUGUAUUCGGCUGGGAUAAAAGCAAGUCAGGCUCUUCCAGAAACGGUGAAAAUAGUAGAAGUGGGGCCCAGAGAUGGUCUUCAAAACGAGAAGGUCGUCGUUCCGACGGAAGCAAAAAUUAAUCUGAUCAACAUGUUGUCAGAGUCUGGAUUGACGGUCAUUGAGGCCACUAGCUUUGUGUCUCCUAAAUGGGUCCCACAGAUGGGAGACCAGGUGGAAGUGAUGAAGGGUAUCAAAAAGAAGCCAGGAGUGUCCUAUCCAGUCCUCACCCCUAACCUUAGGGGCUUCCAGGCUGCCUUAAAGGCAGGAGCCUCAGAGGUGGCCAUAUUUGGUGCUGCGUCCGAGCUGUUUAGCAAGAAGAACAUAAACUGCUCAGUGGAGGAGAGUUUACAGCGCUUUGACGAGGUUAUGAAGGCGGCUAAAGAGGCUGCUGUGCCAGUAAGAGGUUACGUCUCGUGUGUCGUCGGAUGCCCGUAUGAAGGCAAAGUGGCGCCAGAGAAAGUGGCACAUGUAGCUAAGCGUUUGUACUCCAUGGGCUGCUAUGAGAUCUCUUUGGGUGACACCAUAGGAGUGGGGACUCCUGGUAGCAUGACUGAAAUGCUGGAAGCGGUGAGCAGAGAGGUGCCUGUCAGCGCCUUGGCAGUGCACUGUCACGACACUUACGGCCAAGCUCUGGCUAACAUCCUUGUAGCCUUACAGAUGGGAAUCAGCGUUGUUGACUCAUCAGUAGCAGGGCUGGGUGGAUGUCCGUAUGCACAGGGGGCUUCUGGGAACGUUGCAACCGAAGAUGUGGUUUAUAUGCUGCAUGGACUCGGGAUUAAAACGGGAGUCGACCUACUCAAGCUGAUGGAUGCAGGAUCUUUCAUCUGUCGAGCUCUCAACAGGAAGACCAACUCCAAAGUGGCUCAGGCCGCCUGCAAACUGUAGACUCGGCAACGGCGCCUUUGGCUUUUAACACACGAAACGUUUUCUUGAACCUGAUCGCUUUAAUACUCGGUGCGUGAUCAUUCCUUCCUUUUUGUUUGGAGUAAAAGAUCUGAUGAAAUGACAUCACUGCUGUACUUGUGCCUUAUGUAAAAUCGGUGUAAUUUCUAUAGCGGGGUUUAUAAAAGUGAGUUUUUGUUGCUUCUAAACCAGCAGGAAGGCCAAAAGUCUGCAAAGGUUUAUUUUUAUUUAUUUAAUAAUUCACGCACAAGUCUGGCAUCAUAACAGAUGAUGGAAACCUCUUGAUUAAACUUUUAUGUGUAUAACUUUAUUUAUUUUAAUACCUCAUCUGACAUGUACAUAACCUUUGAAGUUUGUAAUUUCCAAAAUAAAACUAUUUCACUUUAA